CAGUUUCAGCUGGAUUUCACUCUGCUCUGAUUUCCUGCUCUCUGGACACUGGCUGACGCAGGUUUAUCUGAUCAGAAUGGAGGAAGACCACUAUUACUACCAUGAAAACCAUACAUUCAACUUCAGCUAUGACGACUACCCUGCCCUGUGUGAGAAGGCAGACAUCCGUUCAUUUGCUGCCGUCUUCCUGCCCGUCGUGUACACCUUAUGUCUGGUAGUGGGACUGGCUGGGAACGCCUUAGUGGUGGCCGUGUACACCUAUCACAAACGCCUCAAGACCAUGGCAGAUGUUUUCCUGACCCACCUGGCCGUGGCUGACCUGCUUCUACUCUUCACGCUUCCUUUCUGGGCCGUUGACUCCGCCAGGGGCUGGGAACUGGGAGGGGUCAUGUGCAAGGUGGUGUCGACGUGCUACACCGUCAACUUCACCUGCUGUAUGCUGCUGCUGGCCUGCAUCAGCCUAGACCGGUACUUGGCGCUGGCCAGAGCACAAAGUAGAGACGGAGGAGGACGUCUGCAGAGGGUCUUCACCAGGAGGCACUGCUGGAAAGUGUGUGUGGUAGUCUGGGGGGUCGCUUUCCUCCUGGGUCUGCCUGAUUUAUUGUUCUCCAAAGUGACUUGGGGGUCUAAUAGGAGUGUGUGUCUGGCCUUUUACCCUUCGUCAAUGGCUCGAGCUGGUAAGGCCACUUUGGAGAUGGCCGAAGUGCUGUUGGGAUUCCUGAUCCCACUCCUGAUCAUGGUGGUCUGUUACUGGAGAGUGGGCCUUGCACUCAAAGACCUCCCCAUUGAGAGCAGAUGCAAAAGAUGGAAAGCUGUUCGUGUCCUCCUAAUAGUAGUCGGGGUAUUUGUGGUCACUCAGCUGCCCUAUAACGCAUUAAAAGUCUACAGGGUGAUGGACUCAGUGUACGCCUUAGUGACCCACUGUGGGACCAGUAAAGUCCUAGACCAGGCCGCUCAGGUGACGGAAAGCUUGGCCCUAACUCACUGCUGCAUUAACCCGAUCCUCUACGCCUUUGUGGGCAGCUCCUUCAGGCAGCACAUGAUGAAAGUGGCCAAGAAGUUCGGGGAGAAGAGGAGGAGGAAUAAAACACGUGUAGAGGAAGAAGGGAUAGAGAUGUCAUUUAACUCCCACAGUGCAUCACAAGAGACAAACACAUUCUCAAUAUGACACCAAACCAGUAACAGGAAGUAAAGGAAACAUACUUAAAUACUGUCUGGGUCGCCUUUCAUUAAGUUUCUAUUGUCACAUUUCUGCAGAAGGUCAGAGUGGACUUCCUGUUCUUUCUUCUGGUUCAUAGCAGGUGGUAGUGUGGACAAAAUGUAUUACCCCCUUCAGUAAAAACUUAAAAACAGACAAAACCAGGAGCAAAAAACGCCGCCCCGUGCAUGUAUAGUAGCUUACUUUGGCAUCGAUCCAGCUGAUGUCAUCAUGUGUAUGCGUGUGAUGAUGUCAGCAUAACAAUUGCCUCUAUAUAUGUGGCAAGUUUGAAGUAAAUUGAAACAUACUUUAAGAUAUGCAGCUGAUAAAAACUAGCUCUGAGCACACUGUCAAUCUGUUUGUCAAAUUUAAAACUACUGUCUAUGACACAGGUGUCAAACAUGCGGCCCGGGGGCCAAAUCUGGCCCACCAAAGGGUUCAAUCCGGCCCCUGGGAUGAAUUUGUAAAACGCAGAAAUUACACUGAAGAAAUGAAUAAUC